GCACAAACUGAGUGCAAUGUCACAUAGAGCAAAGAGGCCUAAUCGUUCUGAAGAUGGCUCGGUACCUGCUAAAAGGCGUAAACGUACGACGGCGGAAGAAGAAGAAACGGCCGCCUUGGCAAAUAUCGCUUCGACAACCUCCGGAAAUACCGGUGGAGUAUCCGGUGGGGUAUCCGGUGGGGUAUCCGGUGGAGCCGGAGCCGUCUGGCAACCUCCGCGUUCUAAUGAUUUAAAAAGUAUUUAUAAUCGCACUACGACUGAAGCGCCUGCUGAGUUAUUUCGGAAAGAUCUUAUUUCUGCAAUGAAACUGCCCGAUUCCGAACCAUUAGCAAACGACGAAUACUGGGUGAUCGUCGAUCAAUGGAAACAGGAAUGGGAAAGGGGCGUGCAGGUUCCGGUCAAUCCGGAUUCGUUACCCGAACCGUUGGUCACCGUCAAAUCGAGCUCGACGAGGUUCAAGCUUCAAACCGAUUUCAAAUUACCUAAAAAAUACAUUCGGAUCACGAAAGACGAUAAUUUCAAGCCGGACGAUCACGUAUUAUCUCACGCUCCGACGAAAGCCGAAGCUGCUUGUUCGUAUGAUUUGGAUGAGUGCGAUGUUGCCUGGUUGAAGAUAUUCAACGCUGAAAGAGCAGCGAGCGGUUUGGGGCCCUUCUCCGAGGAACAAUUGGAGCGAGUCAUCGAGCGAUUAGAGUUAUGUUGUUGGGAUAAAAUCCAAUCUAUACUCAGAAACGAAGAGGGUUUAGGUAUAGAAUACGACGAGAACGUGAUUUGCGACGUUUGUCGAUCGCCCGACUCCGAAGAGGGCAACGAAAUGGUGUUUUGCGAUAGUUGCAAUAUAUGCGUACAUCAAGCGUGCUACGGCAUAACUCGAAUACCCGAAGGGCAAUGGUUGUGUUGCACGUGCAACAUCGGCAAGAGGCCCGAAUGCGUGCUGUGUCCCAACAAAGGGGGCGCCAUGAAAUGCCUUCGAACGGGGCAAAAGUGGGCCCACGUUUCUUGCGCUCUGUGGAUACCCGAAGUUAGCAUCGGAUGCGUGGAAAAGAUGGAACCCAUCACGAAGGUGUCGAGCAUACCGCAAAGCCGAUGGGCCUUGAUCUGCGUGUUGUGCAGAGAACGCGUCGGGGCGUGCAUCCAGUGCUCGGUGAAGACUUGCAAAACCGCCUAUCACGUGACGUGCGCCUUCAAGCACGGCUUGGAAAUGCGAGCGAUCAUCGAAGACGAGAACGCCGACGACGGCGUAAAAUUGCGUUCGUACUGCGAGAAACACAGCAAAUCGAGCAAAAAGGAGAAGAGCGUCUGUUCGGGUUCCGAAGACGACGACGUGAAACGGAAGAAACGCAAAGAUAUGACGUCGGAGGAGAAGAACCAAGCGAGGGCGGUGCGAUUGCAGGAGAUCGAAGCGGAAUUUUUCAAGCACUUUUUCAAGCAUUUUUCGAUGCAUUUUCUGAAUAAAAACCACGUAAACUUCGGAAAUUGUUUUAUUAGUAAAUAA